AUGGCAGCUUCUGGACGGGAAAGAUCGCGAUCUCCACCUCCAACAGCUGCUGGCACACGCGUAAAGGAGAUAAAAGUCAUUGGAGACAGCCGGGUUCUGAUUGCCCCGGGUCUUCUUGAAGAAAUCCCUUCGAGACUGCAAUCUGCUGGCCUGAAGCCAGCGGCACUCGUUGUUGUGAGCGACAAGACCGUAGACAGUCACUAUGGCGAUCGCCUGGUCAAAGCGUUCGAGACACAUGCAUCUCAAAAUGGAGGUGGUCCGCGGAUCUUGAGGUAUGCUUUCCCGUCUGGUGAGUCAUCUAAAAACCGCGAGACAAAGUCUGCGAUAGAGGACUACAUGCUCUCGAACAAGUGCACACGGGACUCCGCCAUUCUGGCGCUGGGUGGCGGGGUUGUGGGUGACCUUGCUGGCUUCACUGCCGCGACGUACAUGCGAGGUAUUCCAGUUGUCCAGGUUCCAACGUCAACAAUGGCAAUGAUUGACUCCAGCGUAGGAGGCAAGACAGCCUUGAACGUUCCUGCUGGAAAGAACCUCAUAGGGGCCUUCCACCAGCCCAAGAUAAUUUUUGCGGACCCAAGCAUGCUGGGCACGCUGAGUCGUCGAGAGGUUGUGGAGGGAUUAGCGGAAGCAAUCAAGAUGGGGGUUAUCCGAGAUGCCGCGCUUUUCCAAACGAUGGCAAAGCAUCCGGAGGCGAUCAUGUCCCUGGACGCACAGCUUCUGCAGGAUGUGCUGCACAAGGCCGUGGCGCACAAGGCCGAAAUCGUCGCGAUCGAUGAGAAAGAGACAGGCCUGAGAGCAACGCUGAAUUACGGGCACACAAUUGGUCAUGCCAUUGAGGCCCUAGUCUCGCCCAAGAUGCUCCAUGGAGAGUGUGUGGCAAUAGGAUGCGUGGCCGAGGCUGAGCUCGCCCACAAGAUGGGGCACCUGAGUGCCGAGGCAAUUCCUGAAAUCCGCGCCUGCUUCCAGGCCUACGGCCUUCCAGUAGCGCCACCACCAGGCCUCACGCUGGAGAAGCUGAUGGAGAAAAUGGCAGUUGACAAGAAAAAUCAGGGGAAGACCAUUCGGUGUACCAUUAUUACUUCUGUUGGCUCCAGCGUCGACCAUCCUUUGCCGGUGCCGCGUGAGCAGAUGGAGCUUGUGGUUUCCGAAAUGUUGAAGAACCCCGCAGUCCCUCCUCAUGGAUGGCAGCGUGCAGAGCAAGUGGACACUUUGCGCCAGCGGCAGCAAGAUGCAGCCGAGAAAGCUCUGGAAAUGGCCCAGCGAUCAGUUGAGCUGCAGCGAGAUUUAUCCGAUUCCAAGGGCCAUGCCCAUCAGGAGCUUCAGGAGCAGCUAGUGGAACAAACGGAGCAGCAACGCAAGAUGGAGCUUUUGCGGGAGCAGUACCAGAUGGGAGUAACGCCCAUUGUUGGCGUGACGGUUGAUGGUGCCGAAGGCAUCGCAGAGACAGAGAGAGGGAUCGAAAGUGAGACCAUGGGCAGCAACAUUGACACGUACUGCGUCGUUGAGGUGGCGAACAAACCUUACACCAGAAUGCAAACAGGUGUCCUCCAGGCAGCCUUCCGCAAAGCCUAUGAAUUCAUCUUAAACGGUACUUCCUUGCCCGCUUUCCAGGGUGCACAGCCAGCGUGGGAUUACACGGGCGUGGUGCAAGACUUUGCAUUUGGGGAUGUCCUGAAGUUCGCCGUCUACAGAAAGGACCUGGGUGUGCUCCGAGUCAGUAUGGCAUUGUAUCAGUACAUGUCCAACCGCAAGUUUCAACCGUCGGUUCCGAUGAGGGCUGAGGCUGCCUUGGAGGAGGGGCUGAUCAAGCCUGAGGAUGCCGGGAAGAUCACUACCAGGGACAAGAACAACAACCCGCCGCGCAUUGCCAUCAAGACCAAUGACUGGGAUCAGCCAGAGAUUCAGCUGAGCACAGGUGCAAGCAACCAGAUCAGCUACAUCACCCCGGUAGUUGAGUCAGAGGACAUCAAGGCAUGGCUCUCCCUGAACGUCAACUUCUUCUCCAUCAUUAUCCUCUUCACUGCCGGUGGCUUGAUCGAAUUCCAGCGCUUCUUCCCAGACACCCUGUACUGGUGA